CUUAAUCCCCACUCACUAUUUCCUCACACAAAAAAACACAAAAUUUCAAUCAACACAACAAAGCCAUGUCCGAAAAGAAAGAGCAAGUAAAGCCCUUAGCUCCGGCAGCCCACCGCGUCGACAUCGAAGACUACGACCGCUCCAACGCCUUCCCUGACGAGCUCGGCCCCCCACUCUGCCGCCGGCGCCAGAGGUGCAUCAAACUCUGCGGCUGCUCCGCCGCGAUCCUCUUGAUCGCGUUGACCGUCGUGCUAGUGCUCAUGUUCACCGUCCUACACGUCAAAAUUCCGUCGCUAAAGAUGAAUUCCGUCACCGUGGAGGGCGUCCCCGAGCUCAACUCCAUAUCGGGCUUCGGGCUGGGCCGUAACUUGACGUUCGGGUUCGGGCUUGAGGUCAAGAACCCGAACGUGGCGUCGUAUCGGUUUGGCAACGUGGCGACAUUUUUGUACUACGGCGGAUCGCUGGUGGGCCAGGCGGAAGGCCCGGCGGGGGAGGCCCGGGCCCGGAAGAGGGUUCGUGUGGAUGUUAGGGUGGUAGUUAUGGUGGAUAAAAUUAUGGAAGUUGAAAGAUUAAAGGGGGAUUUAAGCGUUGGAAUUUUGAGUAUUAGUAGCUUUAUGAAGGUUAGUGGGAAGGUUAAAAUUACGCAAGCAAUUAAAAAGAAUUUGGUUGUAGCCAAAUUGAAUUGCACCAUGAAUUUGAUUGUGAGGACGCAGGGAAUUCAAGAUUUGAAUUGCCACUGAAAUUUAGUUUAGAUAUUAAUUUGAUUAUAUUGAGGUCUAGUGAUUUUUAAUUAUAGGAGGGGGAAAUCGAUCAAUAAGCUACAACGAGGCUUGUAUACCUUCCGAGUUAAUUGUGUUUUAAUAUUGUAUUGGAAACAAAUCAAAUCUGUAUAUGGAUAUUUAGCUAGCUAUGAUUUUAUUUA